AUGGGAGUUGCUUCUCUCGGGAGCGUGCUGCUUAUCUUACUCUGCUGUUGGCUGUGUGUUUGCAGACUAAGAGCCAAGUCCCAAGAAUCGACACGUCAUAAUGUUGUCCUUGUCGAGCCUUCCAGCUAUAUCCUCAAGGUUGUUAGCCAGCUUCAAUACCUUUUGAAGGGGCCGGAGAUUGUGCAGAAGGCGCACAUUAAAGAUAGUGCCUAUGCCGUACGCACACCAGAAGGAUAUCAAGUGCAAUUCUCCUCCAGGGAGCACAUCAAGCAAUUGGUGCAGGCGCCAGACACGUACCUGUCGCUACAUGCUCUGGCAAAAGAUAUGUUCCAGCCCAAGUAUACCAUGAACGGCCUCGAGUACGACGACUGCAUGAGCGCGAACGGAACCGUUCAUCAGCGAGCCCUGCAAGCGGAGCUGCGAUCCCACCUGCCAGCCCUAACCCAGCCGUUGCACAACUGCAUAGCCCAAGCGCUCACCGCAGAGAUCACAGCCCACAAGCCCCAGUCCGGGGAAUGGCGCGCAGUGCCCAUCUUCCCGAUGGCCAAGCGACUGAUCACCGCCACCAACGCUCUGGUCUUCUUCGGUCCCGAGGUCUCAAGCGACCAGGUCUUCCUCGACGCCGCGCUCGAGUACCCCGAGCACCUCAUGGAAACCGCCGAAGCGCUCCGCCUGCUCCCCGCGUGGGCCGCACCCUUCGCCGCGCCCUAUCUAAUGCGCCGCCACCGAGCGCUGAAGAUCCUGCUAGAUCGUCUCACCCCCGUCGUGGAGGCGCGGAUCCGCAACACCACCACCACCACUGCCUCCGAACAUGCCGACUGCAUCCAGUUCUUCGUCAACGCAGCCGCGCGCAAGAAUAAGCAGCACGAAUGGCCGGCCCAGCGCAUCAUCCAGGUCCUGCUGGGCGUCUGGUUCGCCUCCGUCCACCAGCCCGCCAUGUGCCUCUUCUACGCCCUGGACGACCUCUGCCUGCAUCCCGAAUUCACCUCUGCGCUGCGCGACGAGGUCCGCGCCACGAUCCUCACCACCACCACUAGCAUCGCCCAACAACCAGAAAUCAACCCUACCCACCUCCCCCUCCUCACCAGCUUCCUCAAAGAAUCCGCCCGCCUCCACCCAACGGACUCCAUCUCCCUGCGCCGCAAGGUCCUCCAGCCUUUUACCUUGAACGACGGAACCACUCUCGCAAAGGACGACGUCGCCUGCAUCCCGCUGCGACCCAUCCUCCGGGAUCCCGAGCUGUACCCGGACCCGCAUACCUUCAACCCCUACCGCUUUAUCAUUACUACCCCCAAUAAUCCCGGAAAGCUCGAGGAAGACAACCCCACCCCGACGACAAGAACAACAUCCUCCGAAUUCACCGACGCAGACGUCACCUUCCCGAUCUGGGGCCUGGGCAAACGCGCCUGUCCCGGUCGGUACUACGCGUCGUUGCUGCUGAAGCUGGUGCUCGCGCAGAUCCUGCUGCGGUAUGAUGUAAAGAUGGUGGAGGGGGCCGAGGACGAGCGGAGGUAUUUCUAUUGGCGGUCGGCGAUUGUACCCAAGGCUGGGGCGGUGUUGUUGUUUCGGGAUCGGGAGGCGCUGGCUUUGGAGGAGGUCUGCUAGUUAGGGACUUAUUGGGGGGGAGGGAGGUUCGUGACUUCUGCCUGUUCGUGGUCUUUUUUUUUCGAGGGUUGCUUAGUGGGCGGAUAGUAAGGCAGACGGACAAGAAGGUAAAUUUCUAGAACUGGGAGAAUGAUAUCGUUUGACGGGAGAAAGGGUCCAUGGAACUUCUGUAUCUUGGUCCCGGUUGGGGAUUGGGGCAAAGCCUUGGGGCCGUGGAGGUUUGGUGAUUUAAUCUGUUGACGCUGGGUUGUAAGUCAGGACCGAUAAACUGGCUAG